AUGCUUCGAAAUCUCAGAAGCUCGAUUGGGGGUCGGUCGACCGACGCUACGGCGUCUGGUAACGACGCGAUCGACUCCGCUGAGCGGCGUGCUUCUCGAGCAUACAGUUCUCACCAAUACGACCCAAACUAUCCGACUGAGAAGCUUGACGAACUCGGCAAUGCGCUCGCCAACCACGAUGUGGAAAAAGAGCAGGCGAUUGUCGAGAGCACAGAAGACGACUCUCCAUAUCUCGAGGUGCGAGCGGCCGUUCGAAACUACGACGAAGAUGUUCCCUGUAACACCAUUCGUGCAUGGGCCAUUGGUUUGUUCCUUGCCACCCUUCUCUCCGGCAUCAACAUGUUGUUCUCGAUGAGAGCGCCAUCCAUUCUUAUUACUUCUAUUGUUACCCAGCUGCUCGCUUAUCCGAUGGGCCGCGCUUGGGAUAUUGUCAUGCCAAAGAGGAAGUUUAAAACCUUUGGCCGCGAGUGGUCAUUCGUUCCGGGACCCUUCAACAUGAAAGAACAUGUCAUCUCUGUCGUUAUGGCCAACGUCUCCUUCGGUGGUGGUGCCGCUUAUUCGACUGAUAUCUUGCUUGCCCAAAUUGCCAGAUACGGAUUUGAUUAUGGCUGGGGUUUUGCUCUCCUCUUGACAUUCUCUACUCAGUGUCUUGGUUUCGGCCUCGCAGGGUUGUGUCGUCGUUUCUUAGUCUGGCCAGCUGCCAUGAUUUGGCCCGCUAACUUGGUUAACACAUCCCUAUUUUAUGCGCUUCACGACCACUCCAAAGCUGUUCCAGCGUCUGCCAAUGGUUGGAGCAUUUCCCGGUACAGAUUCUUCUUGUAUGUUCUUAUCGGUGCCUUUGUCUGGUACUGGAUCCCUGGAUUCCUCUUCCAGGCUCUGAGCGUAUUCGCAUUCCCUACCUUCAUUGCUCCGAACAACGUUAUCGUGAAUCAGCUAUUCGGUGGUUGGACUGGUGUCUCCCUCAUCCCAAUCACCUUUGACUGGACUCAGAUUGCCGGAUAUAUCGGAUCUCCUCUUAUUCCACCAUGGCACGCGAUUGGAAACACUGUUUUCGGUACUGUCUUCUUCUACGUCCUUAUUACCAUGGGUAUCCAUUAUAGCGGAGCUUGGUACUCUGCUUACCUUCCGAUCUCUGAUUCCGGAUCUUAUGACAAUACCGCCCAGCCAUACAAUGUCUCUCGAAUUCUUGACGAGAAUCAUCGUCUUGACGUUGCGAAAUACGAAUCUUACUCACCCCUCUUCCUAUCAACCACUUUCGCUAUGUCAUAUGGUCUUUCUUUCGCUGCCAUCGCAGCUGUCAUUGUCCAUACCGCCUUAUAUCACGGAAAGGAAAUCUACGGAAGAAUGAAGGCAGCCAGAAACCAAGAAGAUGAUAUCCACAUGAAGCUUAUGAAGAAAUACAAGGAUUCUCCAGACUGGUGGUACCUUGGAUUCUUCUUCGGCAUGUUGGCAUUAGGUCUUACUGCUUCACUUGCAUUCAAUACUGGUUUGGAAUGGUGGGCUUUCUUGAUAUCCAUCGUCAUUGCCAUCGUCUGGCUCGUUCCAGUCGGUAUGAUUCAGGCCGUUACCAACAUCCAAAUCGGUCUUAAUGUCAUCACCGAAUUCAUCAUCGGUUACAUGACCCCCGGACGUCCUAUUGCCAUGAUGAUGUUCAAGACCUACGGUUACAUUACUAUGUCUCAGUCCCUCAACUUCACCCAGGGUCUCAAGCUCGGCCAUUACAUGAAAGUUCCACCACGAACUAUGUUCUGGGCUCAGGUUACCGCUGCAAUGUGGACCUCCGUUGUUCAGGUCGCCGUCAUGUAUUGGGCGCUCGGUGCCAUCAAGGGUAUAUGCACCAAGGCUGCGAUCAAUCACUUCACCUGCCCCAACGCCACCGUUUUCUUCAAUGCGUCCAUCGUAUGGGGUGUUAUCGGUCCUGCAAGAAUGUUCUCACCCGGCCAGAUCUACUCGGGCCUCAUGUGGUUCUUCCUCAUCGGUGCCGUUACCCCAAUAAUUUUCUAUUUCAUCACCCGCAGGUACCCUAAGAGCUUCCUCAGAUACGUCAACUGGCCCGUUAUCUUCUCCGGAUCGGGUCUUAUCCCUCCUGCUACUCCUCUCAACUAUCUCGCAUGGGGUAUCGUCGGGUUUGUAUUCAACCACCACCUCCGCAAGAGGUUCUCCGGAUGGUGGGCGAAUUACAACUACCUUACAUCCGCUGGUUUGGAUGUAGGUCUCGCUCUGUGCACAAUUAUCAUCUUCUUGACGCUUUCCAUGACCAACACUGAGCCUCCAAAAUGGUGGGGAAACACUGUUGGUCUCAAUACCAUGGAUGCUAUGGGUACUGCUAUUCAGGAGGGUGUUCCAGAGAAGGGAUUCUUUGGACCUGAGGAGUGGCAUUAA